CAUAUUGUCAUCCAUCCGAUUUCGUUGACAUGGUUCGUUCGUCGUUCUUGGAUUUAUUGAAAUUGUUUUGGAAAAUCCAUAAAAAUAGCUCUAUUUUAGUGCUUAAAUUGUGGAAUUGAUUUGUGCCUCAAUAUUACGCUUCACAAACUACCUCCAGAACGAGAGUUGAAGAUAUCUUUGCUGCAAUAAGAGACUUGAUACUGGUUGGAACAAACUGUAACUCUAUCAACAUGAUCGGAAUAUGUUUAUGACGUUCCAGUGCCAGUGAUCAGCUAAAGUCUUCCCCAAUUCGAGACUGAGUGUGUGCGAGCAGCAAGCUCAAAGAACACACAAGCAACAAAUUUUAAGGAAGGCACCCGUGAAUGGCCAAAGCCACGUCUUCUCAAAGGACAUUUUUGUGAGAGCGGCUGGUGGGCCGCAUGCCCCACGCGGCGCCCGCCAUGUCGGCCGCGGCGCGCCACCCCCACUUCUACACGGUCGAGGUCGGCGACACGCGCUUCACCAUCCUCAAGCGGUACCAGAACCUCAAGCCCAUCGGCUCCGGAGCGCAGGGGAUCGUCUGCGCGGCAUACGACACAGUGACACAACAGAAUGUGGCCAUCAAGAAACUUUCCCGGCCAUUUCAAAAUGUGACGCACGCGAAGCGCGCCUACCGCGAGUUCAAGCUCAUGAAGCUCGUCAACCACAAGAAUAUUAUCGGGCUUCUCAACGUGUUCACCAACAAUAAGAUAAUCGGUCUGCUUAACGCGUUCACGCCCCAGCUGUGCCAGGAGGAGUUCCAGGACGUGUACCUGGUGAUGGAGCUGAUGGACGCCAACCUGUGCCAGGUCAUCCAGAUGGACCUGGACCACGAGCGCAUGAGCUACCUGCUGUAUCAGAUGCUGUGCGGGAUUAAGCACUUGCAUCUGGCUGGGAUUAUUCAUCGGGACCUGAAGCCGUCCAACAUCGUGGUGAAGAGCGACUGCACGCUGAAGAUCCUGGACUUUGGCCUCGCGCGCACCGCGGGGAGCAACUUCACCAUGACGCCCUACGUCGUGACAAGAUACUACCGCGCGCCUGAGGUGAUCCUGGGCAUGGGCUACACGGAGAACGUGGACAUCUGGUCGGUGGGCUGCAUCAUGGGCGAGAUGAUCCGCGGCGGCGUGCUGUUCCCGGGCACCGACCACAUCGACCAGUGGAACAAGAUUAUUGAGCAACUGGGCACCCCCUCGGCCGCGUUCAUGGCGCGCCUGCAGCCGACUGUACGCAACUACGUGGAGAACCGGCCGCGCUACUCCGGCUACAGCUUCGACCGCCUGUUCCCGGACAUCCUGUUCCCGAGCGACUCCAACGAACACAACCGACUGAAGGCGUCCCAAGCCCGCGACCUUCUCUCUCACAUGCUGGUGGUGGACCCGGAGCGCCGCAUCUCCGUGGACGACGCACUCCUGCACCCCUACAUCAACGUGUGGUACGACGAGCAGGAGGUUAAUGCUCCGGCCCCAGCCGCCUACGACCACUCGGUGGACGAGCGCGAGCACACGGUGGAGCAGUGGAAGCAGCUCAUCUACCAGGAGGUGGUCGAGUACUCCGCGCCGCCGCCGCCGCCCGCGCCGCAGCCGCCGCCCGCGCCGCAGCCCGCGCUCACCACAUAGGUUUCAACAGAACUCACGGCCGAAAUUUAACCUGCAGAAUAUAGUGUAAAGACUCGGAAAGAUUUCAGUCUUCUUAUACCAGGUGAUCGCGUCAGAUUCUCAUUAAAUCAAUUGUUAUAAAAUCGGCGAGAAAAUCUAUUAUGAAAAAAAUACCUAUUUGUGACGACAGGCUAGCAGUUGCACCCUCUUUGUAAAUAAUGUCUCUGGAAAAUGUGCAAUUUCUCGGUGAAAAAUAUAUGCAAGUGCAAAAUUACUAGUGAUUUCGGCCCGUGUUUUUCUUUUGUACAAAGAGUGAAUUUUUCAAAGACAAUAUUAUGAUAGAAUAAUAAUACAAAUGUAAUAUUGCCAGCGUGAGAGGUAGCGUAGGAUGUCUGUGUAAGUUUGUAUACUCUAUAGCUACAUGUAUUUGUUUGAUCACAUAAAGCAGCUAUCCAACAGAGCGGUGUAUUUUACAGAUAAAUAUUAUAACCAUGAUUAAAAUUAUGAACAUUUUGUCGAUAUUUUGCGAGCAUAGAGCGGAUAGAACACGCGCUGUUUGAAGGUUGCUUUUAACGGUUAACCUCUUUUCUAGGACGUAGUAUUUUCCUAUAAUAAUCUUAUGAUGUAGCAUAAGUUAUAUUCAGUUGGUCCUUUUCAACGGUAACUCAGAAUUUACGUUUCUUACCCCCCGCAGUCCCAUGUUAAUUGUAAUAUGAAUUAUAUAAGGAAACGGGCCUCGAUAGGUACUUGCGUUGAAUAGAAACAACGUUUCAAAAACUGGAACUUUGCUGUACAAAUGGUUAUAAAGCUUUGCAAAAGUCCACUUUUUACCAUCACUUGAAAUGUAUUCCCGCAUUGUUAACACUCAUGUAUGUGUUUACCGAGUAAAAAGUGUAAUUUUUCAUUAAAAAUAAAAAAGAUAUUUGUACACAAGUAGUGAGUAGCUCGUGCCCCGAUCCACUGUAAGUAGGAGUGCCUUGCCGCGACCGCGCGCCGCCGAGGACUGACGUAGCAUCAUUAUUGAAACAUAGACGCUAAAGAGAACAAUAAUUUACAUUGAUAAUUACCUUGUGUUAAAAUAAAUGUGAAUUUUCCCUUCAGUAGGACGAUUUUAAAUUUUAUGAUUAUGAUCUUAUUUAUUGUUAUUAUGAAUUAGUAUUCUAUUCUUAAGGUCUAACUUCCUAUCUUCCCGAGCUUGGACCGUUUGCCAGCACGCUGGUCCACUGCGGGUUGGUAGGUCUUUAUCUAGAUUUUAACUAUUUUAUUUUUGUUCUAGAUGUGAUGGUUAUGUUAUGCAUUAAGAGCGAUGGUGUACAUUAUGUUUCGGUAAACUCAUUGUUGGAUUCGAAAUCAAAUGUCACCGCCGCUGUUAUGUAUUUUAUUAUGAAUUUCUUUUUAAUGUGCAAUUUUUAAAUGUAUCUUUGUAAUGGCUACUUUAUUACUGUAUGUGUGACUUGCUCCAUAACUGACUACAUCUCCUGUGACUUCCGACAGCCAAUAUCUGACCAAUACAUACAAUUCAGUGCCAUUUAAAUAUUGCCAUAACAAUAAUGAAUUUGCAAUAGAGACGUUAAGAGCAUAUAUUUAUGUAAUUCAUAAUUAUUUCUAGUGGUAAACAUUAAACAAUAUAACCUAGUAUUUCGGGAUUUUGUGAUGUUGAUAGUUUUUCGUAUGUAGCCUUAGUCAUUACGUUGUUGAUAUUGUAUUGACUCUGUAUGAGAAUAGUGGAAUAAGUAUAUUAUUGAAUAAGUAGUCUUUUAUAGGAUUCCUCUCGCGUCGCAGCCGAGACGGAGUCGUGUAGUAGACACGAGGCAGAGUCCUGUGGUAGACACGGGGCGGGCGCUCGACGCGCGGGGAACAUUCUAGAAUAUUGUUUGGAACCUCACAUAAUAGGUGAUAUAAUAUUAUAAGAAUGCAAAUGAAUGAUGGUAGUCGAAAUGGGCUGUUUAAAGAAUAGCACAAUUUAUCAAGUAAGUUGUAAAAAGCUGGACGGUAGAGUUGCAGACCGGGCACCGACAAGAAACGAUGACAGAAUGAAAGCAAUAAUACAAAUAAUACAUUUCCUACUUCUUUCUAGCUGCGAAUAUCAUCGUUUUUAUUUAUGUAGGGUUAAAACAUAUCACAGUUCACGCAAUAGAAGUAUACCCCGGUAAUAAGCAAUCUAUUUUUGUUAGUUUUCCCGCUACUUUUCUUUUGUUCCAUUUCAGUCAUUUUCGGCCGAGGCUUGCUGUGUGAUUUGUAUAAAAAAAAAACUAAAAAAUAUAUAUAAUUUAAUCCAAAAGCGUAAAUGAAAUAAAUAAGGUUUGUAAAUAAUAUGGAGACAAAAAUAUAUACCAUAAUGGAACAAAAGAUAAGUAUAAAUUUCCUCUUGACUUCAUUGAUAAACGAAAGCUAUUUUCCGUUUACAAAUGAAGGCCAUUUUAUCUAUAAUGACUAUUUAAAAGAAAAACUUGAUAAAAUUCACAACUGUACGUCCAAAUUGUCCAUUGUAAUAUGUUAAUGUACCUAAUACAAAUUACAUUAAUGUAAUCUUAGUAUGUAUAUCCUAGAGCCUUGGCAACAAGAGUAAGUUAGUCGCCAUGUUGAUCACUACCCACUAGCGAAACGGAUACGUGAACUCACUUCAAUGACUAUCUAAAACCUUAUUUUUACUGUACACGUAAGUUAUUUCAUAUUUUAACUGAAUAAAAUCAAAAUGGUUAUUAUAAA